GGGAGCACACGGAGAGGGAGGGAGCGAGAGGAGAGCAGCUUGCCCCAAACUCCGCACCGGGGAGGGAGCAUUGCCAGCCCCUUGGGAUGGCCACCAUCACCUGCAACCGCUUCACCGAGGAGUACCAGCUCUUUGAGGAACUGGGCAAGGGUGCUUUCUCCAUCGUCCGGAGAUGUGUGAAGGUGUUGGCAGGACAAGAGUAUGCGGCCAAAAUCAUCAACACCAAGAAGCUGUCUGCCCGAGACCACCAGAAGCUGGAGCGAGAGGCUCGGAUCUGCCGCCUCCUGAAGCACCCCAACAUCGUGAGGCUCCAUGACAGCAUCUCUGAAGAGGGCCACCACUACCUGAUAUUCGACCUGGUCACUGGUGGGGAGCUGUUUGAGGACAUCGUGGCCAGAGAGUACUACAGCGAAGCAGAUGCCAGCCAUUGCAUCCAGCAGAUCCUGGAAGCUGUCCUGCACUGCCACCAGAUGGGGGUGGUCCACCGGGACCUGAAGCCUGAGAACCUGCUGCUGGCCUCCAAGCUGAAGGGGGCUGCUGUCAAGCUGGCUGACUUCGGCCUCGCCAUUGAGGUGGAGGGAGACCAGCAAGCCUGGUUCGGUUUUGCUGGCACCCCGGGGUACCUCUCCCCUGAGGUCCUCCGCAAGGAUCCCUAUGGCAAAGCUGUGGACCUGUGGGCUUGUGGCGUCAUCCUCUACAUCCUGCUGGUUGGGUACCCACCAUUCUGGGAUGAAGACCAGCACCGCCUCUACCAGCAGAUCAAGGCUGGGGCUUACGACUUCCCCUCCCCCGAGUGGGACACCGUCACUCCCGAAGCGAAAGAUCUCAUCAACAAGAUGCUGACUAUCAACCCGUCCAAACGCAUCACGGCAGCAGAGGCUCUGAAGCACCCCUGGAUAUCGCACCGUGCCACCGUGGCCUCGUGCAUGCAUAGGCAGGAGACGGUGGAUUGCCUGAAGAAGUUCAACGCCCGGAGGAAGCUAAAGGGAGCCAUCCUCACCACCAUGCUGGCCACCAGGAACUUCUCCGGAGGCAAAAGCGGUGGCAACAAGAAGAAUGACGGCGUGAAGAAAAGAAAGUCCAGUUCCAGCGUUCAGUUAAUGGAAUCGUCGGAGAGCACCAACACCACCAUCGAGGAUGAAGACACCAAAGUACGGAAGCAAGAGAUCAUUAAGGUGACAGAGCAGCUGAUCGAAGCAAUAAGCAACGGCGACUUCGAGUCCUACACGAAGAUGUGUGACCCUGGGAUGACUGCUUUUGAGCCUGAGGCUCUGGGGAACCUCGUGGAAGGCCUGGAUUUCCACCGAUUCUACUUUGAAAACCUGUGGUCCCGGAACAGCAAGCCUGUGCACACGACGAUCCUGAACCCCCAUAUUCAUCUGAUGGGAGACGAGUCCGCCUGCAUCGCCUACAUCCGCAUCACGCAGUACGUGGACGCGGGGGGCAUCCCCCGCACUGCCCAGUCUGAAGAGACCCGCAUCUGGCACCGCCGGGAUGGCAAAUGGCAGAUUGUCCACUUCCACAGAUCUGGCGCGCCCUCUGUCCUACCGCAGUAAGCCCUCUGAAGCAUGGUCCGGCCCGUGCUGGGUUUGUCACUGACUGACUGCCAGGGGAGACCCCUCCAACUCUUCACCUACAGGACUUUGGCUGUUGGCUCUGCUGCUUGGUUCCUGCUGGAAUAGCCCCUCGCUUCUCACUGCACACAUGCAACGGCCUCAGCGGCACCUACAAGCAUCCCAUCUCCACCCCCCUUUCACCAGGCCCCCUUCCUCUGCAUGAAAGAAGAAAAGAAAAACCAUGAACCUAAAUCUGAGCACUUGAUGCCUGCCAGGGCUAAAGCCUUCACCCUGGGCUGCAUGGCCCCCCUACAGCCCUGCAGUCCCAUACAUCCCACAGAUUGGGACAGGACUCUUCAUCCACCUCCAUCCCCACUUCUGCUAGCAGCUCCCCAAAGAAGAGGAGGUUGUGGGGAGCUGCUCUGUGCCACACACCCUCCGCACGCCGGUGGAUUUUGCUUUGCUGCUAUCAAGGUCCCUGCCCGCUGCCCUGAGCUCACGCAUUCUGGCAGCCUUGGCUGGGGAACCUGGGUUUUAAACCAUUUGCAAAAUUCAGCUUCUGUGCAUCUUGGGUGAGGAGGGGAAUGCGUGAAUGGGUGAGUAAAGGUGUCCUGGUGUGUUCUCUUCCCAGGAGGGUAAGUAGAUUUGCGCCUCGGCAAGCUACCAGGAUGCUCUCUCUCCUUCCUCCCUUCUCUCCUUGGGAGUGGGGACUGGCAAAGCUGGGAGAAAAGAGGAGAAAGGUGACCUCUAUUUAUCACCACAGCCCAGAGAGCUCUCCCAGCCCCACCGGUGGGCUCAGGGCAGCAAAUCUCUCCCACACCCUGCUCCCAUCCCUUUGGAUCCUAUCCCCCAGCCCCUCGCAUGCAGCAUCCGCAGCUCCCCAUGGCACAAAGGCUGAGGUAGCCGAGCUGGCCACUGAUUGGAGACACAGACACCAUUGCCCACAUGACACCUUCCAGCGAAGAUGAGGAAUGCAAGCUUUAGUGACAAAACUCUGCAGAAUCUGGUUGUGCUUUGAAGAAACAAACAAGCCUUUAGCUAUCUUCUACUUUGAGCGCAUGCCUUUUUAUAGGAAAAAGAAAACAACCUACCGUGUAUUUCGUAACUUGAUUUUGAGUAUUUGCUGAAAUGGAUCUUUAUGUAAUAACUAGAAACAUUCAACUGUUCGGGGUCGGGGGGUGGGGGGAUUUUUGGGGGUUGCUGUUUUUUGUUGCGUUUACAUUUGGAGAGGGGUUGCAACGCCACGCCACUCCCACCAGGGCUGCCAGCAGGCAAAGACACCAGGGCACGGUGUCCCCAGGGCAGCCAUGUCCCUGGGGCACCAAUGUCCCCAGGCUUCUGCACCCAGGGGCCCGCUUGCAUGGCAAACCCAGAAGGGGACUCUUCUGAGCCACCAGGGUUUGGUUUUUAGGAUGGAAGGCAGGGCCAGGACAGGGAAUUUUGGUCUUGCCCCUCUGCCAUCAGGUAGAGGUCUGAGGGACGCGAGGGCAGUGGAUUUUCCAGCAAUGCUUCCGCUUCUUGUUGUCUUUUUCCAAUGGAAGCCCUUUGCUUGUUGACAUGGGGCUCCUGCAGCGCUGCUGCCCCAAGGACUUUCUAGCUGCACUCUCUUCAUCUGCAUGGCGUUUAACUUUCUAGACGGUGCGUGUGUUGAAAAUCAAAUUAACAAAAGAAACACUUGUUUUGGACAUUAAAAAAGAAAAAAAGGAAAAAAAAAAAGAAAAAAAAAAAGGAAAUGUUUUCUCCAUGUAAAUUCUGGGUGUGUAUUUUGCCUUUUCUGUGGUUUUGAAUGCUUUGCUCUUUGUUUAGGCAGGGACGGCUGCCUCGCGAAAUGCAGCCAUGUCCUUGCAGACUGCAAAAAUAUUUUCCUACUGGAUGGAGGGGCAGGAAUCCAAACUGUUGGGGUAUUGAGAAGCUGUGAGAAGUUCUUGUUGUGUUGACUGUUGCUGGCAAUGUUGUAUAGGAGAGACUUUUUUGGGGAAGAAAUCUCAAUGGUCUUCUUCGGAUGCAAGUGUACGUCCCCAUGCCUUUGGUGGACCUUUGCUGGUUGACUGUGGAGCUAUGUUGGCUUGCAAGAAUUGCCCCCAAAGCAGGGACAUCUAUUCAGGGAGAGAAUAAGCUUUGAAGAUAGAGUUGGGGUGCUUUCAAAGACCCAUUUUUCUUCCUGUAGUUGUG